AUGACAUCAUGCUGCGUCCGUACAAGUGGGUCUACCGCGGUACCGACCGCAGCUUGUCGUCUCGGAAGCUGCAUAUACACGGCAGGAGGCCGCAGUCUCCUAACGACGACAGCCUUCGCUACCCACCGCCUGCGGAAAGUGCGCGGAAAGCCGACAGGAUUGGCUUGCUUACAUAGCACGUUUACCUUCAAACGCUGCUACCAGUCGCGCGCCAGCCAACCCGGUGGCUCGCGCGUGGGGCGACCAACCACCGCCGACCCUUCGACCGGUUGCUCCACAGACGACUUCGACGACGACGACGACGACUGCGCCCUGGACAGCUUCAUCAGCGAUUCGUUUGACGAGAGCGUGUGGGCAGCCGCGGCUGACAACCACCACCAUCACCACCAUCCUGGUGCAAGCCUCGCCAAAAACGCUUGCACAUCUGAAGUCAGCAAGGCGACCAGUACCACAGACUCGACUCGCGCAAAGCCCGAAAGUGAGCGACGCGCCCAGUUGCGCCACGGAGCAUCUGCGUACCGCGGCGAGGACUCCCUGGCCACCCUGACCAACCUCGAGCUGAUCGCCAGGCAGUGGAGGACGUCUGCGAUGCUCCGAGUAUGGCGCUUCCUCAACAUAUCCUGCACGUGACUCGAUGUGGCUGGGAACGGCUUAUGACUCUUCUCCUCUUCUGGCACGCGCAUGGAGAGGAUUUGGAGAAGUUCUGAAAGAGCUUCAUCCAGAAAGCAGAUUCGCCCGGACCAGCCUAUG